AUGAAUAAUAGCACCAACCUGCAAGCUGAUGUGUGGGAUUAUGAGUUGGAGAGGAGUGCUGAGCACUGGGCACAUACCUGCUUAUGGGAACACGGACCGAGCCACAUGCUGACACAGAUAGGGCAGAACCUUGGUGCACACUGGGGCAGGGACCGUCCUCCUACGUUCCAUGUACAGGCCUGGUAUGAUGAAGUAAGGUACUAUAGCUACCCUUACCCCCAGGAGUGUAACCCCCAUUGCCCCUUCAGAUGCUCUGGACCUGUGUGUACUCACUAUACUCAGAUGGUGUGGGCAACAAGUAACCGUAUUGGCUGUGCGAUCAACGUGUGUUACAACAUGAACGUUUGGGGGAUGAUUUGGGCCAAAGCUGUCUAUUUGGUCUGCAAUUACUCUCCACCGGGGAAUUGGUGGGGUCACGCUCCGUACAAACAUGGGACUCCCUGCUCCGCCUGUCCAGCCAGCUAUGCAGGAGGCUGCAGGGACAACCUCUGCUACAAAGAUGGGGGCGUCGAGAGGCGUCCGGCUCCUGAGUUAGAGGAGACUAACUACAUCGAACCAGACCCCGACCGAGUGCGGGACAGGGAACCCCAACCCAGGGCUCAGUCCCCAAAUCCCCCGCCGGAUUUUAACCUGGAGCGGAACCAGGUGGUCAGCACAGAGCAGAUGUGUCAACAGGUGGAGUGUGACACUAAGCUGAGAGAUCAGUGCAAGGGAACAACUUGUAACAGGUAUGAGUGUCCACCGGGUUGCUUUGACAGGCCAGGAAGAGUGGUGGGGACUGGAUAUUAUGAUAUGCAAUCCAGUAUCUGUAAGGUUGCGUUACAUGCCGGCAUUAUUGACAAUGAUGGAGGAUGGCUGGAUGUGACGAGACUUGGAAGAAAACAACAGUUCACAAAGUCAUACAAGAAUGGCAUCCAGUCAAUUGGGAAAAACAGAAGUGCAAACUCCUUCAAAGUAGCCACAGUGCCUGUCAAAGCAGUAACAUGUGAGACCACAGUGGCAAUUUUCUGCCCUUUCAAGAAACCUGUACGGCAUUGUCCCAGGCUGUACUGUCCCAGGAAUUGUUUGCCUAACAGCCAAGCCAAAGUCAUUGGAACAAAAUAUUACUCAGAUAAAUCCAGUAUCUGCCGAGCGGCCAUCCAUGCGGGAGUGAUUCAGAAUGACUCGGGAGGCUACAUAGAUGUGAUGCCUGUGGAUAAGAGGGGACAAUAUAGUGGCAGCUCUCAAAACAGCAUCACUUCAGAGAGCCUAGUCAACCCCACAGGUGGCAAAGCCUUCAGAGUGUUUGCAGUCAUCUGAAAAACCA